AAAUCUGUUGUUGUGUCACAGGUCGGUGGGGCCUAACAGAUCCUCCGGUCCAAGCCAUAGAGAUUCCCCACGUGGCCAGCCUCAAGCCCAGACACCGCCACAGAGACAGAAACACAGCAGCAGCAUCUCCAAGGUUCAUUUCUCUUCUACCUCCUGUCAUGACGUUGGCCUGGGGCCUCCUCCCCAAAACCAACACUCCCCUGGACAGCCCUACCCCUCCCACAGCCAGCGACGACUACCCCAGUGCUCUCCUGUUCACCUCAGUCACCCCGUCCCCCUGUCCCUGUCCCCUACGUCCGCCCCUGGACAGCCCUACCCAUCCCACAGCCAGCGACGACUACCCCAGUGCUCUCCUGUUCACCUCAGUCACCCCGUCCCCCUGUCCCUGUCCCUGUCCCCUAUGUCCGCCCCUGGACCAGGACAGCCCAGACCACCUACUCCCCCUCCUCACCGAGCCCUGCCUCCCCACGGACCAGGACAGCCCAGACCACCUGCUCCCCCUCCUCACCGAGCGCUGCCUCCCCCUGGACAAGGACAUGCCCACAGCCACACCCAGGCUCCGCCCAGAGGGGCAUCGUUUCGCAGUGUGCCACAGCAACAUAACUCCUGCAGGAUGGUCUUGGAUUUGGAGAUUCCAAGUCCACCCCAGAAGCCUCUACCUGCCGACCCCCUGGGAAGGAAUACCCAGAAGCCUCUACCUGCCGACCCCCUGGGCAGGAAUACCCAGAAGCCUCUACCUGCCGACCCCCUGGGCAGGAAUACCCAGAAGCCUCUACCUGCCGACCCCCUGGGCAGGAAUACCCAGAAGCCUUUGACUGCCUACCCCCUGAGCAGGAAUACCCAGAAGCCUUUACCUGCUAACCCUAACUCCCCCGGAAGGAGUGGUCAUCUGAUUCGUAGUCCCAUUGCUGUCGGUGUCCCCAUCCCUGUACCUGUCCCCGGUGUCCCCAGGCCGCUGAGACCUGUUCCACACCACAACAGAUCUGUUCCUAAGCAACCCCCAACACUACCUAAGCCUCGUAUGAUCGUCCACGCCAAGUUCAGCAGCUGAGAGCAGCUGGACUAAACUUGAAGGGAAUUUAAGGACGUUCUUUCCGUGAGACGAUAAAGACAUUUCACUUGCACUAUGAAACUCUGAAAACCUUAAUGAUGUGGUGUCUCUGAGUUUUGAAUAAUGGGGACGGACUGUUGGGCGGUUGGCGUGUCAGCGAGUCAGCCC